CGCGAUCGGAAGCAAAUCGGAAAAAUCUCCCUUGGAAUCCUAACACACGCAGGCGAAGAAUUUGCUGGUUGUGUCGAGACAACGUCGUCGCAUUUCAAUUGGAUUCAGAAAUUGAUUUAUUGAAAUGUUGCCCUUUCGCUGGGGCCUGCUACUUGGCGUUGUGCUCCUCGUGACAUGCGCAAAUGGAGCUGCCAUUGAAAAAUCACUAGCAACCGAAGACGAGGCUACUAGUGCGAUCGACCUGCAGAGAGAAAAGAGAAGCGGCAGAGGCUAUUCUAGGGGACAGACCCAGUCUCAGUACUUAAACUUCGGUAAGCCCGAGGAGGAUGGCAAGGCGGAGGCAGAGGCCACCGAAAAUGGAUCUCGCUCAACUGUCUCUGGCACCCAUGGCAUGGGUCAGGCCCAGAGUCAGUUCUCAUCAGGGGACUGUAGUGGAUGUUCUGGCUACCAAACAGAUUACCCAUCUUCCGGCAGAAUACUCGACGCCAGUGGAUCUAGUAUUGCCGGCAGGCCCGAUUCUAUUAUCAGCCUACCAGGUGGAGCCGGUGGUCAGCCAGGUGUCAGUGGUCAGCCAGGAUUUGGCGGACAGCCCGGAGUUGGCGGCCUGCCUGGAUAUGGAGGACAGCCGGGAAUCGGCGGAUCACAGGGUAUUGGCGGAAGUCAACCCGGAUAUGGAGGUCAAGUUGGCGGCCGACCUGGAGAUGGUGCAGGUACACAAGCCGGAAUUGGUGGAGGACAGCCAGGAGUUGGAGGUCAAACAGGACCUCAGACUGGAUUGGGUGGAACUCCCGGAUUUGGUGUUGGUGACCAAACUGGUUCUGGUGACGGUCAACCCGGAUACGCUCCUCGGCCUGGUGCUGCUGGACAGACAGGGGUCUCUGGAGGACAGCCGGGAUAUGGAGCUCAACCUGGAAUAGGUGGUCAGCCAGGAGUAUCUGGAGGACAGCCCCGAGGAACUCAAACUGGAGGUGUCGGACAGCCAGGAUACGGAACCCAACAAAUUGGUCAACCCGGAGGUCAGCCAGGAGUUGGUGGUCAGACAGGAACCACGGGUGGACAGCCAGGAGUUGGUGGUCCAACCGGAAUUGGAGGAGGACAACCCGGUUAUGGAUCGCAGCCAGGAGUUGGUGGUCAAACUGGAAUUGGAGGCGGACAGCCCGGAUACGGAUCACAGCCAGGAGUUGGUGGUCAGACAGGAAUUGGAGGUGGACAACCCGGUUAUGGAUCGCAGCCAGGAGUUAGUGGUCAAACUGGAAUUGGAGGUGGACAACCCGGUUAUAGAUCGCAACCAGGAGUUGGUGGUCAGACCGGAUAUGGAUCACAGCCAGGUGUUGGUGGUCAGACCGGUAUUGGAGGCGGACAACCCGGAUACGGAUCUCAACCAGGAGUUGGUCAAACAACCGUGACUGUUGGACAGCCAGGAUACGGAAGUCGCGGGUAUGGAUCGCAGCCAGGAGUUGGUGGUCAAACCGGAAUCGAAGGUGGACAACCUGGAUACGGAUCGCAGCCAGGAGUUGGUGGUCAAACCGGAAUCGGAGGUGGACAGCCCGGAUACGGAUCACAGCCAGGAGUUGGUGGUCAGACAGGAAUUGGAGGUGGACAACCCGGUUAUGGAUCGCAGCCAGGAGUUAGUGGUCAAACUGGAAUUGGAGGUGGACAACCCGGUUAUAGAUCGCAACCAGGAGUUGGUGGUCAGACCGGAUAUGGAUCACAGCCAGGUGUUGGUGGUCAGACCGGUAUUGGAGGUGGGCAGCCCGGAUACGGAUCACAGCCAGGAGUUGGUGGUCAGACCGGAAUCGGAGGCGGACAACCAGGAUACGGAUCGCAACCAGGAGUUAGUGGUCAAUCAGGAAUUGGAGGCGGACAACCCGGUUAUGGAUCGCAGCCAGGAGUUGGUGGUCCAACUGGAAUUGGAGGGGGACAACCCGGUUUUGGGUCGCAGCCAGGAGUUGGUGGUCAAACUGGAAUUGGAGGCGGACAACCCGGUUAUGGAUCGCAGCCAGGAGUUAGUGGUCAAACUGGAAUUGGAGGUGGACAACCCGGUUAUAGAUCGCAACCAGGAGUUGGUGGUCAGACCGGAAUAGGAGGUGGGCUCCCAGGAUAUGGAUCACAGCCAGGUGUUGGUGGUCAGACGGGUAUUGGAGGUGGGCAGCCCGGAUACGGAUCACAGCCAGGAGUUGGUGGUCAAACCGGUAUUGGAGGAGGACAACCCGGAUACGGAUCACAGCCAGGAGUUGGUGGUCAGACCGGAAUCGGAGGCGGACAACCAGGAUACGGAUCGCAACCAGGAGUUAGUGGUCAAUCAGGAAUUGGAGGCGGACAACCCGGUUAUGGAUCGCAGCCAGGAGUUGGUGGUCAGACAGGAAUCGGAGGUGGCCAGCCCGGAUACGGACCGCAGCCAGGAGUUGGUGGUCAAACUGGAAUUGGAGGUGGACAGCCCGGAUACGGAUCACAGACAGGAGUUGGUGGUCAAACUGGAUUUGGAGGCGUACAACCCGGCUAUGGAUCACAACCUGGAGUUGGUGGUCAGCCAGGAAUUGGAGGCGGACAAACCGGAUACGGACCGCAGCCAGGAGUUGGUGGUCAAACCGGAAUCGGAGGUGGACAACCCGGAUACGGAUCACAGCCAUUAGUUGGUGGUCAAACCGGAAUCGGAGGUGGACAACCUGGAUACGGAUCGCAGCCAGGUGUUGGUGGUCAAACCGGUAUUGGAGGUGGACAACCCGGAUACGGACCGCAACCAGGAGUUGGUGGUCAAACUGGAAUUGGAGGCGGCCAACCCGGUUAUGGAUCGCAGCCAGGAGUUGGUGGUCAAACCGGAAUCGGAGGAGGACAACCCGGUUUUGGAUCUCAGCCAGGAGUUGGUGGUCAGACCGGAAUCGGAGGUAGACAGCCCGGAUACGGAUUACAGCCAGGAGUUGGUGGUCAAACCGGUAUUGGAGGUGGACAACCCGGAUACGGAUCGCAACCAGGAGUUAGUGGUCAAACAGGAAUUGGAAGCGGACAACCCGGUUAUGGAUCGCAGCGAGGAGUUGGUGGUCAAACCGGAAUCGGAGGUGGACAACCCGGAUACGGAUCACAGCCAUUAGUUGGUGGUCAAACCGGAAUCGGAGGUGGCCAGCCCGGAUACGGAUUGCAGCCAGGAGUUGGUGGUCAAACUGGAAUCGGAGGUGGACAACCCGGAUACGGACCGCAACCAGGAGUUGGUGGUCAAACUGGAAUUGGAGGCGGCCAACCCGGUUAUGGAUCGCAGCCAGGAGUUGGUGGUCAAACCGGAAUCGGAGGAGGACAACCCGGUUUUGGAUCUCAGCCAGGAGUUGGUGGUCAGACCGGAAUCGGAGGUAGACAGCCCGGAUACGGAUUACAGCCAGGAGUUGGUGGUCAAACCGGUAUUGGAGGUGGACAACCCGGAUACGGAUCGCAACCAGGAGUUAGUGGUCAAACAGGAAUUGGAAGCGGACAACCCGGUUAUGGAUCGCAGCCAGGAGUUGGUGGUCAGACUGGAAUCGGAGGUGGACAGCCCGGAUACGGAUCACAGCCAGGAGUUGGCGGUCCGACAGGAAUUGUAGGCGGACAACCCGGAUACGGCUCACAGCCAGGAGUUGGUGGUCAGACCGGAAUCGGAGGUGGACAGCCCGGAUACGGAUCACAGCCAGGAGUUGGUGGUCAAACCGGUAUUGGAGGUGGACAACCCGGAUACGGAUCGCAACCAGGAGUUAGUGGUCAAACAGGAAUUGGAGGCGGACAACCCGGGUAUGGUACGUUACCGGGAGCCUCCGGUACAGGUCAACCUGGUUACGGUCCCCAGACAGGUGGUCAAGUGGCACUGCCUGGUGGAGGCAGUCAAAUUGGAGCACCGGGACGUUAUACGGCUGGAACAGGUGUGGCUCCGGGUACCGGCGGUGUGGGAGGUGCUGGUGGUGUUGGAGGUGGCGUUGGUGUUCCUGGUGCUUCCGGUGUUGGUGGAGUUGACGACGCCUUCUCCCAGGCAGAGUCUACAAUUGGAGACGGACAGGCCUCCGCAAGUGCUCAGGGCAAGAAGAACGGCGGAACAGCAAAGACCCAGGUGUCUGGUACCUACAGCUCGGGCGGCACCUUCAGUGCCAGUGCGAUGACCUCGGAUGCAGAUCGCGCUGCCAGUGCUCAGGUGACAGGAAACGCGGAUGGAGCCGUGAGUCAGUCGCAGGGCUCAGGUGGACCCGCCCAGUCGCAAGCGCAGGUGCAAGUAGGCAAGGACGGCGGCACCAAGGCCUCCUCGCAGAGCGGAGGUAUUAUCCAGCAGAGCCAGAGCGAGGUGCACGCCAACGACAAGGGUGGCCUGGCCGAUGCUCAGUCGAGCGGACCUGGUCAAACGUCUUCCCAAGCACAGAUCGGGUUCCGUCCUGGUCAAGAAGCUAACCCGCCGGCGGCUAAUGGUGGUGGCCAGGCCUCAUCAUCUUCCGGUGCUCACUCUAGUCAGAGUAGCUCACAGAUUCAUGGAACCUCCAGCUUUGGCGUCUCGUACCAUGGAGCCGCACAAUCCGCAUCGGGAACCAAGGAGCAAGUGGCAUCUUACAGGGAACAAAACCGAGAACUGUUUAAUACCAUCAGUCAGUUCGGAAACAAUGGCAAUGCUGUUACUGAUCGUGCUGAUGCCGUCUAUAGCGGACCAGCGCUUACUGAUGAGUCAGAGCGAUUGCCCGAGCUCAAGUCCACUAAAACCAAAGAGGACACUGUCAAGGACGAUAAGCCGGACCCGGCAGAGCCUUCUCAGUACGAAGACGAGGACGAAAACGAACCCGAUGAGUAUGAUGAAGAUGAGUACUAUAACGAGAAGCCGGUCAAGUUGGAAGAAAGCCCAAAGCCGGCGAACAUUGCGAAGCCAGAGACUACACCCGAGCCACAAGCCUACACACAGUCUUCGCCCACGCAGGCACAAAAGGCCGUGGUGGCACCUGGGGCAGGUGACAAGUACCAAGUGGUCCAAAAGCAAAAUGGAAAGGUUAAUACCUACACCGUACCCUCGACCACCGAGGCAAUUCCACCAGGGUUCCGAGGCACUGUCAACGUGCAAAAGAAGUUCCACACCAAGGCCCUGGAGCUGCACCCUACCAACAAGGUUGAAAUCACAGCUGACACAGACGGUGAGGGCCCGAUUCGUGGCGACAAGCCAAUCCAUCGUGCUCCAGACAGUUAUGUCACCGUCACCAAGUCCGUGACUGGCAGCAUGGACAACAGCAAGAAUCCGCCGCAGGAGAACAAGAACUUCCAGUCCACGUACUACACCAAGUCAUCGACGUGCGGCUACUUCACCUUCUCGUGCAACAUUGUUUAUGGUGCAAACGGAAGGAGCAAAAUCUGCCGCCCAAAGGCCCCGACCAACGGCAAGUGCUAGAGAAGCAGCCAGAAAGAGACCUUCAACAACACCCCACCCAUAUUAUACAUAGUAGAUCAGUUCCAAAGGGGCUCAAUUGUAGAACAGCUUAACUAACUGCCAUCUACAAACACCUAAUUUGUAUUUUGAUGCAGCAUGUUUAUAAGCAUUUAAGUGUUUUUCGCAAGUAAUUUUAUAUAUUUUCACUGCCAUUCUUUGAAUAUUUUGUACGUUUUGCCACUGUAAUUAAUAUUUAAUA